AUGACCGAAGCAGAAGAGCCGGCACGCUCACUGACAGCCGAAGAGCGACGUAAGCGUCGCCUUGAGAAGAUUCUCGGCAACUCGGAGGGCCGAAUCAAUCGAAUUCUGAACAAUGGAGGCGAUGAGAACGGAAGAAGACAUGCUCCGGCGAUCGAGGGAGGUGAAGGUUACAAUAUUCUGCCGAGUUAGUCGAUUUCUGUGUAAAAAAACCAAUAGUAAAAUGCUUGCAGAUCCUAGUACGAACGACGAAAUUGCUCCUGUCGCUGAUCCGAUGCUCAAUUUCCAAGGUUUUCCGCCGGAACUCGCCGCCCACUUCGCUGCCGCCUCCGUCCCGAACGUCGCCAGUGUUCCGACGCCUCCAGUCAAAGGAAUAAACGUGGCGCUGGUGGCGGUGACGCUCGGACUGCUCUCCCGAGCCUUCAUGCUCUUCUCCGGACCCAUCAACAUCGGCGUUCUCUGGGCCAUUUUCUACGUGACGCUCGUCGCGCGCUUCUCCGCCGCCGGGCUCAACAAUCAGACGCGAAACGAGAUCGCCGCCGUGCUGCAGGCGAGUAUGGGAAACGGAAACGUUUUCGAGCGAAUAAGUUGGUAGCAUUUCUGAGGUUUUUGCAAAAAACGAAAUUUUCAGUGAACGCGGGCUUCAAAAUCAUCGAGUUCAUUCAAACGACCGUCACGUUCGCCGCCAGCUUCCUUCUCGCCCAUCUUCUACUUGAACUCUACGAUUUUUCCGCCGAUUAUCGAAUUGUGCUCUAA